ACCAUAGGACAGCGGAUAAGAAGAAGACGCGUAUUUAAGAGACACCAAAAGGACCACAGAGUUCAAAGUGAUGAAACUUUUUUGAAAGAUUUUCAGUUUUCUUCAGCAUCUUCUGGGAAUAUUAUUGCACACAACGAAUGCGGACAUUCACUUAAAACUGGAAAGCAAAUUCUGAGAAGAAAUGGCACAUCUGCACCUGAGAUACCUCUUGGCUUUGGCCUUAGUGCACGUGGUAUUUUCCUCCGGUGUGUUUGAGCUGAAAAUUCAUUCAUUCCACACGGCGCAACGCAUCUGCAGAAGACACAGGGACUGUCAUAUAUUUUUCAGGAUUUGCCUGAAACAUCCAGAGGAUGUGAUCUCAGCAGAGCCGCCUUGCACCUUCGGGACCGGACACACUAACGUCAUCAGGGCCGAUCACACCUCGAUUUCUAGCAGCGCUCCCAUCAGGGUGCCAUUCCACUUCAAGUGGCCGGGAACAUUUUCAUUGAUCAUUGAAGCCUGGAACGCUGAAUCCCCGACUGAAUACACAGACAACCAGAACAACCUUGUAAGCCGUCUGGCGACCAGGAGGAGACUUGCCAUCGGCGAGGACUGGUCCCAGGAUGUGCACUUUGGCGAGCAGAGCGAGCUGCGCUAUUCCUACCACGUCUUCUGCGACGAGUACUACUUUGGAGACGGCUGCGCUGACUACUGCAGGCCGAGAGACGACACGCUGGGCCACUACACCUGCGACGAGGAGGGCAACCGCAUCUGCCUGGAGGGCUGGAAGGGAAACUACUGCUCUGAACCCAUCUGCUCAGCGGACUGCAGUGAGAGGCACGGCUACUGCGAGGCCCCAGGGGGCUGUACGUGUCGCAUGGGCUGGCAGGGCCCCUCCUGCAAUGAAUGCGUCCGCUACCCAGGCUGCCUCCACGGGACGUGCAGCCAGCCAUGGCAGUGUAACUGCCAGGAGGGCUGGGGGGGCCUCUUCUGUGACCAGGACCUCAACUACUGCACCAACCACAAGCCCUGUGCCAACGGAGCAACCUGCACCAACACAGGUCAGGGCAGCUACACCUGUACCUGCCGGCCCGGCUUCGGAGGCACCAACUGUGAGCUGGAAACCAACGAGUGUGACAGCAACCCCUGCAAGAACGGAGGCAGCUGCAAUGACCUGGAGAACGACUACUCAUGCACCUGUCCACAGGGAUUCUACGGUAAGAACUGCGAGAUCAUUGCCAUGACGUGUGCAGAUGGUCCCUGCUUCAACGGCGGCACCUGUGUGGAGACAAUGACCGGAGGCUACACCUGCCGCUGCCCCCCUAGCUACACCGGCUCCAACUGUGAGAAGAAGCUGGACCGCUGCAGCAACAGGCCCUGUCUGAACGGUGGUGACUGUCUGGACCUCGGCCAAAGUGUCCUGUGCCGCUGUCAGGCAGGCUUCACUGGUGCCAACUGCCAGGUCAACAUCGACGACUGUGCUUCAAGCCCCUGCCAGAACGCCGGGACCUGCCAAGACGGUGUGAAUGACUACACCUGCUCCUGCACCCUGGGGUACACUGGCAAGAACUGCAGCGUGCGCUCAGAUGCCUGCGGCGCCCGUCCUUGCCAGAAUGGUGGCACCUGCUUCACUCACUUCACUGGGCCAGUUUGCCAGUGCCCUAAAGGCUUUAUGGGUCCAAGUUGUGAGUUCACACUUCAGCCCAGUUUCAAGCCUGCUUUGCGCCAAACCUCCCAGCCCUCCUCAGCCACCCUCACCGUCUCCUGCGUUCUGGCUGUCCUAGUGCUGGUUCUGGUGGCCGGCAUUAUCUUCCUGAGGAGGAGAAGGAGACUGCAGGGAAGGAAGCAGCUGAGCGACAUUGCAGUUUACAAUGACUUGGAGACGGUGAACAACCUGGGAGGAAGCGAGAGAGAGGCCUUCCUUGGUCCGAACGGCCUGUUCAAGAUCAGCAACAGCACGGCCCGCCUCAGCCUUUCCCUCUGCCCGGACGGAAGAUCCGGGUACAGGCAGAAUCCUGUGGAGAGCGGCCGGGUCAGAGGCGAGCGUCAGGACUUUAUGUGGAGGGACGAGGCCGGCCUGGGCUCUGGGGCAGGGCUGAGAUGAAGCAGCACAGAAUUCAGAGAGAGAACACAGACAUUCACACAGGAGAAGAAGGAUAUUAGCACUUGCUGCUCCUCUCUCUUCAUGUAAAGUGAAGACAGGAGCAAAUUCAUGAGCUGAAAGCCGCUCUGCUCAUGUUGAAGAUGACUUCAACAAAAUAUUGACAAAUGAACUAUUCUGAUGAAGAUGAUUUACAAAGAUUAUUGACAAAGUAUGUGGGGCAAAGCUCUUCCAUGUUUAAGACCCAAAGAGACAAAUAACACGAUCGACUUUUCAUUGGACCUAUAACACAAACCAAAUACAGGAAGUCACAAUACUUUGAACACCUUUGGAAAACCCGCCCAAGAAAUAAGUUUGAUUGCUUUAUUGUCUUUAAUAUCAUUACUUUGUUUAAUUGCUUCUUUUUUUUUUUUUUUACACAGCAUUUUUGUUUUGCUUUUCAAUCUUCCUUUGGCCAUUAUUUCCUUAUUGUGAGUACCAUCAUUUUUAUUCUUUAUAUUAUUUAUUUAUUUGAUAACUUAUGUUCAUGGCUUCACUUUGAUUGUUACAGAUGUAGAAAUAUAUUUAUAUGAUGCUGAAUGAAGACCGACGCUUGAUGUUGUAUCUGGAUGUUAUAUUGGCUGCAAAGGAUGUGUGAAAUAUCCCAAAGAUAUUCAGUGCAGGGAUAUAAGGAAAAUGUGCUUUAUCACACAGUCAGCCCCUACUGUAAUUUAUAUAAAUACAUAUAUGUAUACAGUAUAUACUACUGAUCACAUUGCUCUUUCAUGUGCCAUUUUGUGUUCAUGCCAAAGUUUGUGUUAUGUUACAUAUUUUCAUUCAUAUUUAAUUUCAUCAUGUUGUGGUUGUGAUAUGGAAUAAAAGAUCUGUUUUGAUA